AUGCCCGCCAAGACCUUUGGUCAGGCUCAGCACGUCAAGCGCGCUCCCCUCGGAGACAUUGGCAACAAUGCCGCCGCCCUAGGCCUCAACCAGGCCAAGAAGGUCAAGUCACAGGAGCGCGCCGGACCCAUGACCCGUGCCGCCGCCCGCAAUGCCAGCUCUGAGCCCAUGCCGGCCGAUGACCAGGCCAUGGAGACACAGGAUGAAACCAUGCACGACAUUCGCAUGCCCACGCUGGACGGUCCUGCCCCCGCUUUGGCUUUGCCUGCCGGUGUCGAGAACAUUGACGAGGAGGACACGGAGAACCCCCAGAUGGCGACCGAGUAUGUCGCCGACAUUUACAACUACAUGCGUGAAAUGGAGGUCCGCCUCUGCUGUGACCCAGCCUACCUUCAAUCCCAGCCCGAGGUCAACGAGCGCAUGCGCGCCAUCCUUAUCGACUGGCUCGUCGAGGUGCACUACCGCUUUGAGCUGCUGCAGGAGACCCUCUACCUGACCGUUGACGUCCUUGAUCGCUUCCUCUCCAGCGAGCGAACCUCCCGUAGCCAGCUCCAACUUGUCGGCGUGACCGCCAUGCUCAUUGCCUCAAAGUACGAGGAGAUGUACCCGCCUGAGGUUGGAGACUUUGUCUACAUUUCCGACAACGCCUACCGCCGCGAACAGAUCCUCGCCAUGGAGCAGACGAUGCUUCGCGUCCUGGAUUUCAACCUGGGCAAGCCUCUGCCCCUGCACUUCCUCCGCCGUGACUCACGCGCCGGUCACGCCGAUGGCACCAUGCACACCUUUGCCAAGUACUUUAUGGAGCUGACCCUCUGCUCGCCCCGCUUCCUCGGCUACAAGCCCUCCCAGGUUGCUGCUGCUGCCACCUACAUCUCCCGUGAGGUUGUGGGCGAGCAACAGCUGUGGACUCCUACCAUUGAGUUCUUUGCCGACUACACCCUGACGGACAUUAUGCCCGUCAUCCUGGACAUGAAGGCCAUUCUUCGCGAGAGCCCCACUGCCAAGCAGCAGGCUGUUCGCACCAAGUUCUCCCGCUCCAAGUACAUGCGCAUCAGCCGUGAGCCCAUGCUCGAGAAGUACAUUAGCGAGCUCUAA